AUGUCAUAUAGACUGGUGGAAUUCUACAAGGUGUGUUCAUCCAGCUCUCAGAGGCCUGUGUGUGUGUGUGUGUGUGUGUGUGUGUGUGUGUGUGUGUGUGUGUGUGUGUGUGUGUGUGUGUGUGUGUGUAUGUGUGUGUGUGUAUGUGUGUGUGUGUGUGUGUAUGUGUGUGUGUAUAUACAGGGCCUUCAGAAAGUAUUCAGACCCCUUGACUUUUUCCACAUUUUGUUACUUUACAGCCUUAUUUUUUUAUCCUCAUCAAUCUACACACAAUACCACAUAAUGACAAAGUGAAAACAGGUUUUUAGAAGUUUUUGCUAAUGUAUUCAAAAUAAAAAACAGAAAUACCUUAUUUACAUAUCUACUUUGCUAUGAGACUCGAAAUUUACCUCAGGUGCAUCCUGUUUCAUUGACCAUCCUUGAGAUGUUUCUACAACUUGAUUGGAGUCCCCCUGUGGUAAAUUCAAUUGAUUGGACAUGAUUUGGAAAGACACACACCUGUCUAUAUAAGGUCCCGCAGUUGACAGUGCAUGUCAGAGCAAAAACAAGCCAUGAGGUCGAAGGAAUUGUCCGUAACGCUCCGAGACAGGAUUGUGUCGAGGCACAGAUCUGGGGAAGGGUACCAAAAAAUGUCUGCAUCAUUGAAGGUCCCCAAGAACACAGUGGCCUCCAUCAUUCUUAAAUAGAAUAAGUUUAGAACCACCAAGGGAGAAGGGCAUUGGUCAGGGAGGUGACCAAGAACCUGAUGGUCACUCUGGAAGAGCUCCAGAGUUCCUCUGUGGAGAUGGGAGAACCUUCCAGAAGGACAACUAUCUCUGCAGCACUCCACCAAUCAGGCCUUUAUGGUAGAGACAGAAGCCACUCCUCAGUAAAAGGCACAUGAAAGCCCGCUUGGAGUUUGCCAAAAGGCACCUAAAGACUCUCAGACCAUGAGAAACAAGAUUCUCUGGUCUAAUGAAACCAAGAUUGAACUCUUUGGCCUGAAUGCCAAGCAUCACGUCUGGAGGAAACCUGGCACCAUCCCUACGGUGAAGCAUGGUGGUGGCAGCAUCAUGCUGUGGGGAUGUUUUUCAGCAGCAGGAACUGGGAGACUAGUCAGGAUUGAGGGAAAGAUGAACGGAGCAAAGUACAGAGAGAUCCUUGAUGAAAACCUGCUCCAGAGUGCUCAGGACCUCUGACUGGGGUGAAGGUUCACCUUCCAACAGGACAACGACCCUAAGCACACAGCCAAGACAGCGCAGGAUUGGCUGAGGGACAAGUCUAUGAAUGUCCUUGUGUGGCCCAGCCAGAGCCUGGACUUGAACCCGUUCAAACAUCUCUGGAGAGACCUGAAAAUAGCUGUGCAGCAACGCUCCCCAUCCAACCUGACAGCGCUUGAGAGGAUCUGCAGAAAAGAACGGGAGAAACUCCCCAAAUACAGGUGUGCCAAGCUUGUGGCGUCAUACCCAAGAAGACUUGAGGCUGUAAUCGCUGCCAAAGGUGCUUCAACAAAGUACUGAGUAACGGGUCUGAAUACUUAUGUAAAUGUAGUAUUUCCGUUUUUUUUUUAAAUAAAUUUGCCAACAUUUCUAAAAACGUGUUUUUGCUUUGUCAUUUUGGGGUAUUGUGUGUAGAUGAGGGGGAAAAAAAACAAUUUAAUCCAUUUUAGAAUAAGUCUGUAACGUAACAAAAUGUGGAAAAAGUCAAGGGGUCUGAAUACUUUCCGAAGGCACUGUAUGUCCUCUUACACUUUCCUGCUUUUUGUUCAUUUGCCAUCUGUCAUUUUUCUCAGCAGCACGAACAUACACACACACACACACAUGACCUAGAGACAACCACCACAGCACUCAUGCAUGACUAAGAAGAGUUACGCAAUCUGGAAAAAGGACUCCAGUGAGAGAAGAGUGCAUCAUGUUUCAGCUCCACUUAGUUAGUUCUGCCCUUUAAAAGUAACCAAUGCAGUAUCUGAGUCACAAAUCAAGCCUGCCACAUUACUGAAAAUAUGUACACAAUGUCUCCACUGAUCUCUGAAAAUAGCUUUUUACGGUUCAGCUGCACUUAUCUCAAUGCCAAUUGUGAAUUUUACAUUUCUCUUGUCUUGUACUUUUGCCAUUUAAGAUAUCUGAGUCACAAAUCUUUUAGCGGACCCAAAUGAAGCCACUCCUGGACUAAAAAGCACUUCAUUGAGAUUCUUUAUUGAGCACGGUUUUUCUGUACGUCCAGGAGAAGGCUUAAUGUGAGUGCAGGAAAAUGUCAAUUGCAGUCAUGGCUUCAUCUGUGUCCAUCUCUGAUACUGUCCUCCUCUGUCUCCAUCUCUGAAACUGUCCUCCUCUGUCUCCAUCUCUGAUACUGUCCUCCUCUGUCUCCAUGUCUGCUACUGUCCUCCUCUGACUCCAUCUCUGCUACUGUCCUCCUCUGUCUCCAUCUCUGAUACUGUCCUCCUCUGUCUCCAUCUCUGAUACUGUCCUCCUCUGUCUCCAUCUCUGAUACUGUCCUCCUCUGUCUCCAUCUCUGAAACUGUCCUCCUCUGUCUCCAUCUCUGAUACUGUCCUCCUCUGUCUCCAUCUCUGAUACUGUCCUCCUCUGUCUCCAUCUCCGAUACUGUCCUCCUCUGUCUCCAUCUCUGAAACUGUCCUCCUCUGUCUGCCACACACACACGCACACGCACACGUACACAGUGGUGUAAAUUACUUUAAAGCACUACUUAAGUAGUUUUUUGGGGUAUCUGUACUUUACUUUACUAUUUAUAUUUUUGCCAACUUUUACUUUUAUUUCACUACAUUCCUAAAGAAAAUAAUGUACUUUUUACUCCAUACAUUUUCCCUGACACCCAAAAGUACUCGUUACAUUUUGACAGGAAAAUGGUCCAAUUCACACAUUUAUCAAGAGCACAUCCCUGGUCAUCCCUACUGCCUCUGAUCUGGCAGACUCACUAAACACACAUGCUUUGUUUGUAAAUUAUGUUGGAGUGUUGGAGUGUCCCCCUGGCUAAAUGCCAAAAAUAAAUAAAUAAAAACAUUGUGCCGUCUGGUUUGCUUAAUAUAAGGAAUUUGAAAUGGUUUAUACUUUUACAUUUACUUUUGAUACUUAAGUAUAUUUAAAACCAAAUACUUUUAGGCUUUUACUCAAGUAGUAUUUUACUGUGUGACUUUCACUUUUUCUUGAGUCUUUUUCUAUUAAAAAGUAUGACAAUUUAGUACUUUUUCGACCACUGCACGCACACACACACACACACACCAGGCCACUCGCUAUUGAUCUGUCCCAUUAUUACAGUAAUUAUGGUUGUGACCUCAGAGAACCUUCAGUCACACACACAGAGAGAGAGAGAGAGAGAGAGAGAGAGAGAGAGAGAGAGAGAGAGAGAGAGAGAGAGAGAGAGAGAGAGAGAGAGAGAGACUCAUUAUUCUGUCCUCUUCUCUUAUGUAACCUGGGUUACCAGACAGUCAUUCUGUCCUCCUCUUAUGUAACCUUGGUUACCAGACAGUCAUUCUGUCCUCCUCUCUUAUGUAACCUUGGUUACCAGACAGUCAUUCUGUCCUCCUCUCUUAUGUAACCUGGGUUACCAGACCUGUCCCAGUAGUUCAGAAUGAGAUUAUAGAUGAGUGUUUGAACUUCCCUUCAACCCCAGUCCAGUGUAAUCCAGCACAUUGAUAACAGCUCUAACAGAGACGACAACAGGGACAAUAACACUGUGUUCAGUUCUGCACACUACAUGAUCUUCUCUCAGCCAGGUCGCUCAAGAUCCACCGUCAAAUUCAACGUCCGUCCAGGUAAGCAGGAUGUCGGGAGAUGACUUCAAAACUGUCCACUAGGGGAAACGGUGAGUGCUAUUACUGUUCAGUAUCCUUUGGUUUUGCUAGGGCGUUGUGGACGGAGAUGGUGGAUGGGCGUAAAGCCGUGAGCUCUGACUCCGAGGGUCGUGUAUUCAAUCCCAGUGCUAGGCACUCAUUUUUGUUUUGUUUGUUUUAACCCUAUCCCAAACCUUAACCCUUACCUUAAACAUUCAGAAAGAAUGCCUAAACUUUCAACGUAGAAAUGUGACGUUUAUAGACAAACGUCGGAUUCUGCAGUGAGAUUGUGAGAGCUUGUUGCUUCUCUAGCUAGGAUUCAGUUUAUUUCCAAAAUGGCACCCUAUUCCCUAUAUAGUGCACUACGUUUGACCAGAGCCCUAUGGGUAAAUCAAAUCAAAUCAAAUCAAAUUUUAUUUGCCACAUGCGCCGAAUACAACAGGUGUAGACAUUAACAGUGAAAUGCUCACUGACAAGCCCUUAACCAACAAUGCAGUUUUUAAGAAAAGAAAGUAAAAAAUAGAUAAGUAAAAAAAUAAAAAUAAUUAAAGAUCAGCAGUAAAAUAAAAUAACAGUGGGGAGGCUAUAUACAGGGGGUACCGGUACAGAGUCAAUGUGCGGGGGCACCGGAAUGUCGAGGUAAUGGAGGUAAUAUGUACAUGUGGGUAGAGUUAAAGUGACUAUGCAUAAAUAAUUAACAGUGUAACAGCAGCGUAAAAGAGCAAUGCAAAUAGUCUGGGUAGCCAUUAUUAGCUGUUCAGGAGUCUUAUGACUUGGGGUUAGAAGCUGUUAAGAAGCCUUUUGGACCUAGACUUGGCGCUCCGGUACCGCUUGCCGUGCGGUAGCAGAGAGAACAGUCUAUGACUAGGGUGGCUGGAGUCUUUGAUAAUUUUUUGGGCCUUCCUCUGUCACCGCCUGAUAUAGAGGUCCUGGAUGGCAGGAAGCUUGGCCCCAGUGAUGUACUGGGCCAUACGCACUACCCUCUGUAAUGCCUUGCGGUUGGAGGCCGAGCAGUUGCCAUACCAGGCGGUGAUGCAACCAGUCAGGAUGCUCUCGAUGGUGCAGCUGUAGAACCUUUUGAGGAUCUGAGGACCCAUGCCAAAUCUUUUCAGUCUCCUGAGGGGGAAUAGGCUUUGUCAUGCCCUCUUCAUGACUGUCUUGGUGUGUUUGGACCAUGAUAGUUUGUUGGUGAUGUGGACACCAAGGAACCUGAAGCUCUCAACCUGUUUCACUACAGCCCCGUCGAUGAGAAUGGGGGCGUACUCAGUCCUCUUUUUUUCCUGUAGUCCACAAUCAUCUCCUUUGUCUUGAUCACGUUGAGGGAGAGGUUGUUAUCCUGGCACCACACGGCCAGGUCUCUGACCUCCUCCCUAUAGGCUGUCUCAUCGUUGUCGGUGAUCAGGCCUACCACUGUUGUGUUGUCGGCAAACUUAAUGAGUCAAUACAGGACUAAGAUUGAAUCGUACUACACCGGCUCCGACGUUCUGCGGAUGUGGCAGGGCUUGAAAACUAUUACAGACUACAAAGGGAAGCACAGCCGUGAGCUGCCCAGUGACACAAGCCUACCAGACGAGCUAAAUCACUUCUAUGCUCGCUUCGAGGCAAGCAACAUCACUAAGCUAAGGACCCUGGGACUAAACACCUCCCUCUGCAACUGGAUCCUGGACUUCCUGACGGGCCGCCCCCCAGGUGGUAAGGGUAGGUAACAACACAUCUGCCACGCUGAUCCUCAACACGGAGGCCCCUCAGGGGUGCAUGCUCAGUCCCCUCCUGUACUCCCUGUUCACCCAUGACUGCAUGGCCAGGCACGACUCCAACACCAUCCUGAGGGAGCCAUUUGGGACGCACCCUCAGUCUGUUAUCUUGUUUCAUAAUAUGUAUUCAUUUCCACAGCCGUAGAGGAGGGAGCAUGAAUGCCUGUUCCUGGGUAGCUAUGGUGAAGUGGAGCACUAUGUUCUGAACCUAUCAGCACCACACUGGGGUACAGCUGGGAUAACACAGACACACGCGCACACACACACACACACACACAGACACACACACACACACACACACACAUCAGAUGAACACACAGCUGGAUGAACACACCUUGUAGAAUUCCACCGGACUAUAUUACAUGUUAUUGGAAACCAACCAGGGUUCACUGUCUGUACAACACACGCACGCACGCACGCACGUACGCACACACACACACACACACACACACACACACACACACACACACACACACCACAGAGUUUUUUUUUCCACUGCUCUGUCCUGCCGUCCAGACCUUUAUAGUCCUGAUAAUGAUUAACCUAGCAUCCUGGUUAACUGACACAGAGCUAUACAGUCUGACACAGAACAGUGUGUGACCUGUUCUUACAAUCAGUACAACGAAUAUUUCCAUUUAUGGUGGGUGGACCGGUGCUGACGGCCAUAUUGGGUGGACCCUUUGGAUCAUUUGGGUCACAGCUAAUCACAGCUGGGUUGGCCUCAUUGGUUUGAGAGCCAAUAACAGUUGAGCUAGUGGGGCCUAACAGAUCUGUUGAGUCACCACUGGGCUGAACAGGACAGAACAGGACAGGACAGGACAGGACAGGGCAGGACAGGACAGGAGGAAAGGACAGGACAGAACAGAUUAGCCAUUAGUGUUUAAUGUUGUGAUGAGAGAGAGCACCUGAGCACAUGACCUGGGAAUAGAAGGGAACUGAACACUGUGUGAUUCUCCUCUCCUCUACCCAGCUCCGCAUCGAUCAGGAAUGGACUGACACAGAGACGAGGGGGUGCAGAGAGAUGGAGAGAGGAAGAGAGAGGCAGAGAGUAUGGGAGAAGAGAGAGAUAGAGGGGGGUGGGGUAGACAGAGGCAGAGAGAGGGAGGGGGAAAAUACUGAGAAAGAGAGAGAAAAGCAAACAGGAAGAGAGAGAAGAUUGAGCAGGGAUGGAGUUGUUGUGCUCUUUGCUGAUUGUUGACAUUAAGAGGGAGAGAGACUUGAACCCAGACUGAGAUCACUAACCCUAACCCAUUGAACCCAGACUGAGAUCACUAACCCUAACCCAUUGAACCCAGACUGAGAUCACUAACCCUAACCCAUUGAACCCAGGCUGAGAUCACUAACCCUAACCCAUUGAACCCAGACUGAGAUCACUAACCCUAACCCAUUGAACCCAGGCUGAGAUCACUAACCCUAACCCAUUGAACCCAGACUGAGAUCACUAACCCUAACCCAUUGAACCCAGACUGAGAUCACUAACCCUAACCCAUUGAGCAUUACCCAACACAUUAUCAGAGAGAGUACCUAACCAAACACAGGCAAGCAUAACCUAACAACAGAACAUUAUAUAAUGUACUGUUAUAGUGUUACAGCCAAACACAGUGUUAGUGAACGUGCCUCACAGAACAUUAUCCAACACAACAGAACCUAACCCUGAACUCCGUUUCGAUAGAGGAGACGCUGUCUGUGUCCCAAAUCAAAUCAAAUCAAAUUGUAUUUGUCACAUGCGCCAAAUACCACAGGUGUAGACCUUACCGUGAAAUGCUUACUUGAGAGCCCUUAAAACCUUUUACUGCAGUGGGCUAAAUCAGGGUCGCACAGAGUGUUUCUUGGUAGUCUUAAACAAAUCCACUCUAAAACCAAAGUAUACACCUCACACACGUGGUUAUGGGCUUAAAAAAAGAAGACACCUGUACCAUGUCAGAUAUAGAGUUGAAAUGCAUUCAAUUUUGAGUUUGCAUCCCAAUAUUACACUUCAUAUACAUCACAGAACACUGAACUAUAACAAAACCAUUUCACAUAGAAACACCGGAAUUUCUGCAUUUUUUUAAAUUUAUUUUUUAUUAUUAAAAUAUGAAUAACAUUCGACCCAUGAGAGGCCACUAGGUCAUUUGACUGCAGGAAAGGGAUACCCCAUCACAAGCCUUCCAUUAAAGUUCAACCAUCAACCUGGAUUUACAUUGAGACCUGAUACCCAACAACGCAGAGUUUAAAAAGUAAGUAUGGAAAAUGUGCUAAAUAAACUAAAAUAAAAAUAGUAACACAAUAAAAUAACAAUAACGAGUACCACCGAGUCAAUGUGCGGGGGUACGGGGUUAGUCAGAGGAAGGCACGGGGUAGUCAAAAUGUCACCCUAUUCCCUAUAUAGUGCACUACAUUUGACCAGAGCCCUAUGGGAAAUAGGGUGUCAUUUGGGACGCGGUCAGAGUGUCUUCUCUAUGGGGCUCUGGUCUAAAGUAGUGCACUUUAUAGGGAAUAGGGUGCCAUUGGGACGCGGUCAGAGUGUCUUCUCUAUGGGGUUCUGGUCUAAAGUAGUGCACUUUAUAGGGAAUAGGGUGCCAUUUGGGACACUACCUACUGUUCUCUUAUAGGAUUCAAUAAGGGUUCCUCUGGUAGAUGGGAUGGCAGCUGUGUGACAUCGAGUCUCCCUUCCAACCAACAAACAUAAUACGAUUCAUGGACAACAAUGUGCACACACACACGCACGCACACACACACACGCACGCACGCACACACACACACACGCACGCACACACACACGCACACACACACACACGCACACACGCACGCACGCACGCACGCACGCACACACACGCACGCACGCACGCACGCACGCACACACACACACACACACACACACACACAGCUGCCUAUUUAGCUCUACUGGACUGGUCAAUCAGUCUUUCCUCUGGUGAUGUCGCGGCAGGAUUGAUCUAAGAUAAGGUGCUGCUGGCCUUGACUGGGCUGCUGGGAAAAUUGGGGUUAGUAAGUUGAAGGUCAGUGAAUGGAAAUUGUGUGUGUGUGUGUGUGUGUGUGUGUGUGUUUGUGUGUGUGUGUGUUUGUGUGUGUGUUUGUUUGUGUUUGAUGACAAUGCGAGAUAGUAAUUGUUCCAGAAACACAGUCUUUUCUCUCAAUGGUGCGCGCGGGCACACACACACACACACACACACACACACACACACACACACACACACACACACACACACACACACACACACACACACACACACACACACACACACACACACACACACACACACACACACACACAUCAACAACAAACAUAACGGUUAUGAAAUAUGUUGUGACUGAACAGUACAAGACAGACGAUCCUGAGACAAGAUGUGUUUCCUGAUCCUGUUUACACCUCAAAUAUUAUAGCUGUGAUCUGAUCUGACCUGAUCUGAUAGGUUGUUCAUAAUACCUGCAGUGACAUUAGAGAGAAUGGGAGGACAUGGACCAUGGCUGAAUGGUAUUUCAGGGUCUGUUGUAUUGAGAUGAUGUGAGGAGAUGGUCCAUGGCUGAAUGGUAUUUCAGGGUCUGUUGUAUUGAGAUGAUGUGAGGAGAUGGACCAUGGCUGAAUGGUAUUUCAGGGUCUGUUGUAUUGAGAUGAUGUGAGGACAUGGACCAUGGCUGAAUGGUAUUUCAGGGUCUGUUGUAUUGAGAUGAUGUGAGGAGAUGGUCCAUGGCUGAAUGGUAUUUCCCUAUGGGUCCUGGUCAAAAGAAGUGCACUAUACAGUAUAUAGGGCGUAGGGUACACUUUGGGAUGCAGGCUAAGUAUUGGCUCUGGGAGCUAACGUGAUUUUUCAGGUCUCAGUCAAGGUUACUGAUCAAACGAUCAAGGUUCACUGAACCACGUACUGUACAUGGUUAUCUAAGAGGUUCAGCGGUGACGGCAUACAGCAGGGCUGUACAGGACCAGAGUGCCAGGAGAGGCUCAGGCCAUCGGUCAAUAGUACAACCUUGUGCCACACCUCCACAAAUCUCUCUAUCUCUACCAAGAUUCUAUUGAAGAGGCUUUCCUGCCAUGAAAAGUGAUGAUUUUAUGAUGCUAGUGAAAAUUAUGACAAGAACAACACCAACCACUCUUUCUCUCUUCCUCCUCCGUACACCCCUAGAAAGAAAGGUUCUAUCUAGAACCUAAAAGGGUUCUUCAGCUGUCCCCAUAAGAUAACCGUUUGAAGAACCAUUUUUGGUUCCAUGUAGAACUUUUUCACAGAGGGUUCUACAUGGAACCCAAAACGGUUCUACCUGGAACCAAAAAGGGUUCUACCUGCAACCCUCGAAAAUAUAACAAACAGAGCAGAGCAGAACAGAACAGAGCAGAACAGAACAGAACAGAACAGAGCAGAACAGAGUAGAACAGAGCAGAACAGAACAGAGCAGAGCAGAACAGAGCAGAACAGAGUAGAACAGAACAGAGCAGAACAGAGCAGAGCAUAGUAGAGCAGAACAGAGCAGAACAGAACAGAACAGAGUAGAGCAGAACAGAGUAGAGCAGAGCAGAGCAGAGCAGAACAGAACAGAACAGAACAGAACAGAGUAGAGCAGAACAGAGUAGAGCAGAGCAGAACAGAACAGAACAGAACAGAACAGAGUAGAGCAGAACAGAGUAGAGCAGAGCAGAGCAGAGCAGAACAGAGCAGAACAGAGUAGAACAGAACAGAGUAGAGCAGAACAGAGUAGAGCAGAGCAGAGCAGAGCAGAACAGAACAGAACAGAACAGAGUAGAGCAGAACAGAACAGAGUAGAGCAGAGCAGAGCAGAGCAGAACAGAACAGAACAGAACAGAGUAGAGCAGAGCAGAGCAGAACAGAGUAGAGCAGAACAGAGUAGAGCAGAGCAGAGCAGAGCAGAGCAGAACAGAACAGAACAGAACAGAGUAGAGCAGAGCAGAGCAGAACAGAGUAGAGCAGAACAGAGUAGAGCAGAGCAGAGCAGAGCAGAACAGAACAGAACAGAACAGAGUAGAGCAGAGCAGAGUAGAGAAGAACAGAGCAGAACAGAGCAGAGCAGAACAGAACAGAACAGAGUAGAGUAGAGCAGAACAGAGCAGAGCAGAACAGAGUAGAGCAGAGCAGAACAGAACAGAACAGAACAGAGCAGAACAGAACAGGGCAGAGUGAGGUGGGUGAAAGUUGGUGUUACUGUUGUUAUUCAUCACUAGAAACGGCACCUCUGUACCUUCAGGCUCUGAUCAGUCCCUACACCCAAACGAGGGCAUUGCGUUCAUCCACCUCUGGCCUGCUGGCUCCCCUUCCUCUGCGGAAGCAUAGUUCCCGCUCAGCCCAGUCAAAACUGUUCGCUGCUCUGGCACCCCAAUGGUGGAACAAGCUCCCUCACGACGCCAGGACAGCGGAGUCACUCACCACCUUCCGGAGACAUUUGAAACCCCACCUCUUUAAGGAAUACCUGGGAUAGGAUAAAGUAAUCCUUCUACCCCCCCCCCCCCCCCCCCUGGGAUAGGAUAAAAUAAUCCUUCUACCCCCCCCCCCCCCCCCCCCCCCCAAAAAAAAAAAAUUUGUAAAGUGGUUAUCCCACUGGCUAUAGGGUGAAUGCACCAAUUUGUGAGUCGCUCUGGAUAAGAGUGUCUGCUAAAUGACGUAAAUGUGCCCUUGAGCAAGGCACUUAACCCUAAUUGCUCCUGUAAGUCGCUCUGGAUAAGAGCGUCUGCUAAAUGACUAAAAUGUAAAAAUGUAAAUGUAAUGUAAAAUUAUGGUUCAUCACUAGAAACAUUAUGGUUCAUCACUAGCCUGUAGAAACAUUAUGGUUCAUCACUAGAAACAUUAUGGUUCAUCACUAGCCUGUAGAAACAUUAUGGUUCAUCACUAGAAACAUUAUGGUUCAUCACUAGAAACAUUAUGGUUCAUCACUAGAAACAUUAUGGUUCAUCACUAGCCUGUAGAAACAUUAUGGUUCAUCACUAGAAACAUUAUGGUUCAUCACUAGCCUGUAGAAACAUUAUGGUUCAUCACUAGAAACAUUAUGGUUCAUCACUAGAAACAUUAUGGUUCAUCACUAGCCUGUAGAAACAUUAUGGUUCAUCACUAGAAACAUUAUGGUUCAUCACUAGCCUGUAGAAACAUUAUGGUUCAUCACUAGAAACAUUAUGAUUCAUCACUAGAAACAUUAUGGUUCAUCACUAGAAACAUUAUGGUUCAUCACUAGCCUGUAGAAACAUUAUGGUUCAUCACUAGCCUGUAGAAACAUUAUGGUUCAUCACUAGAAACAUUAUGGUUCAUCACUAGCCUGUAGAAACAUUAUGGUUCAUCACUAGAAACAUUAUGGUUCAUCACUAGAAACAUUAUGGUUCAUCACUAGAAACAUUAUGGUUCAUCACUAGAAACAUUAUGGUUCAUCACUAGAAACAUUAUGGUUCAUCACUAGAAACAUUUUGGUUCAUCACUAGAAACAUUAUGGUUCAUCACUAGAAACAUUAUGGUUCAUCACUAGAAACAUUAUGGUUCAUCACUAGCCUGUGGAAACAUUAUGGUUCAUCACUAGAAACAUUAUGGUUCAUCACUAGAAACAUUAUGGUUCAUCACUAGCCUGUAGAAACAUUAUGGUUCAUCACUAGAAACAUUAUGGUUCAUCACUAGAAACAUUAUGGUUAAUCACUAGAAACAUUAUGGUUCAUCACUAGCCUGUAGAAACAUUAUGGUUCAUCACUAGCCUGUAGAAACAUUAUGGUUCAUCACUAGAAACAUUAUGGUUCAUCACUAGCCUGUAGAAACAUUAUGGUUCAUCACUAGAAACAUUAUGGUUCAUCACUAGCCUGUAGAAACAUUAUGGUUCAUCACUAGAAACAUUAUGGUUCAUCACUAGCCUGUAGAAACAUUAUGGUUCAUCACUAGCCUGUAGAAACAUUAUGAUUCAUCACUAGCCUGUAGAAACAUUAUGGUUCAUCACUAGAAACAUUAUGGUUCAUCACUAGAAACAUUAUGGUUCAUCACUAGAAACAUUAUGGUUCAUCACUAGC